GCUCUCCAUCAUCUUUGUUACAUAACAAGGCAUCACAAAAUGACUUGCCUCGGUUUUUGUUUCUGCUGUGCUUCGCAUGUCGCUCCCGCCAAGGGUGGCCUGCUGAAAGUGCUGCUUGCUUCGCUGUCCUUCGUUCUCGUUUUCACUCUGCUGGUUGGCCCUACGAAUGGGCAAGGAACCCAGGGUUCUGUUCUGCAGGCUGUUCCUGAAGCCUCAAAUUCAUCAUGGAAAGCUGGAGGAGCAUCAGGCCUGCGAGUGGUUGUAGGGCCACCAUCCUUUCUGCUCAAAGGACCAGUUGCGCUGAAGCUCGCCGUCUCUCCAUCGACCCAGCAGGUUGAGUGGACAUGGGUCCGCAGUAGCUUUACAACCAUACCCUCUCAGCUCCAGGCUGCCCUUAUAGGACCUGGUGUCGUUGUUCCUCUUGCAAAUUUUACCGCAUCAGAUGUCAACCUCACGGUGUCUGGUGGGAACUUCACUACCAGCCCCGAAGGCAACUUCACUUUCACCCCCAAGAACGCAUCAAUUCUGUUUGGACGAGUCACUGGGAAUUAUUUUGGUAAUAAUGUGGACCUGAAGAACGUCAACGUGGACAUUCCCAGCAAUCAGAUCACACAUAUCGCGGGUCAGAUAUCUGCAACUGAAAAUGCUCUUCUCCUGAUGGCGGACUCAGACCCUAUUGUCAGGAUCAGGUGGACGUGCUUCAAGCUGUUGAAGCUGGGUCUGGCCUCCUAGGUCUAGCGGGAAAUUCUUUUUUGCAAUUUCAGCUUCAUGUUAACGCCACUGGGCCAUUGACAACUUCUGCCUCAGCUCCUGCACCAAGCCUAGCUUCUGCUCCGAGCUCAGCAUCUGCUCCAAGCCCGGCUCCUGCUCCAAGCCCAGCACUCUCUCCUUCCUCAGUAACAGCUUCAGCCCAAUCGUAUGCACCUUGUCCAGAAGUGCAACCUGCAGUACCUCCAUGUCCAUCAUCGCCCUGAUACUUCUGCUUGCCAUGUCCCUGAGAUUUGCAGGAUCUGAGCACCUCCAGCGUGUGAAAAGUUUCGUACAAUUGAC